GUGCAUUACUUCACGCGCGGAGCGGAGGAGGUGCACGGAGAGGAGAGUCGGGCGCAGUUUCGGAAUUUCGUCGACAAUUGUCGGAAACCGGGCCACGACUGUUUACGAUAUUGCGCUGGGCGAAUUGAUUAGUUUUUACAACACUUUUCUCUGUCCCACGAUCCCCUACUGCGCGAUCAUGGAGAGUAAAUUGGCAAAGCUGGAGCAGGACACGUUAACAAACUCGCUGGAGAUCGUGCACCACAAGGUGCGGCUGCUGAUGGAGGUGUGGAAGGUGUUUUUCGACGAGAUCUGCUACCUAGACUAUCUAACCUCACUCCCGUCGAGCAUCGAACAGUUUCUCGGCGAAAUCUACUGCCUCACGAUGAACUUUUGCGUCCGCAAGACGCAACAGAUCCGGGAGCUGCAGAACAAAGUGUACGAGCUGAAGCGCGUGCUGGGCAUACGGGACGGCGUGAUCGAUGGGUGGGGUCAUGGGAACAUGUCGCUCGACCGGAAGGUGGCCCAGCUGCAGCAGCAGAUCAACUCGCUCCAGCAGCAGGCGGACGAGCGUAAACGAUUGAUGGAGGAGUACACGCUGGAGGAGGUGCAGCUGCUUAAGGAGUUGGGCGAGGCGGCACCACCACACGAACCGCUGUGUGCCAAUGCAGAAACGGGCUUCCUGCCCGAUGCACAAAAGAUGGCCCAGUUUGCCGAUUACCUUAGCCGGUUGCGUACGGAGAAGGUGAAGCGCAUUGUGACCCGCGAUGAACUGCAGUCCGACAUCCGGAAGAAGGCAGAGCAGCUCGAUUGGGUACCGCGCAAGGACCGGCACCGGCAGCUCAUCAACGAACAAACGCUCAUUCCUUCGCUGAGCAAUCUGCACGAACUGCAACAUCUGGACUUUGUGCUUUCGGGGCUGUUGAAGCGCAAGCAGCAACAGCAGCAGGAACAGCAAACCGACACCGCUAAGCAACAAUCGAAGAAGGCGAAAAAGCCGGAAAAACGAAAGAAGCAGCCCCGGCCGGAAGAACCGAUCGUCCCGAUCCCGACCAGUACCGACCCUGACCGAGCGAAGCAGGGCGAGGAGGAGCAGGAGCAGGAGGGACAGAACAAGGUGCAGGAAAAAUGGACCGAAGCGCGUAAAAAGGUUGUUUCCCCACCGCCGGUACCACCGUCAUCGCCCGUCUCCGAGGUUGACAUUUCCGUGUCCACCCCAACCAAUGGGCUGUUCGAGAUGACGAUCGAAGCGUACAUGCGCGUGGAGAAGAAGGCGGGCCGACCGGCAGAUCGGGAGAAAAUCAUCGAGGAAAUGUUCCGCCGCUUCCGGGCCAGCAUAAACGUGUGGUGGGAACGGUGCUUGAUCCUGCCGAACGAGCGCCAACAGUGCAAGGUGCUGUACACGGACCAGCUCGACGAGGAAGCGUUCGUGGCGCACAUCGAGCAGCAGAAAUUGCUGCAAAGCUACUACCACGAGAACGAGGCCAUCUUCCGGCUGAUCUACCAGUGGGCGGAGCUGUGGAACCGGGCACUGCAGCUGCAGGACAAGCAGAAGCAGUCCGUGGGCGCCGAAAGCAAGGUGCUGGCGGAGGUAAGCGAGCAGCUGGCCACGAUCCGGAAGCAGCUGGAGGGCAAGUGCCGCGAGUUCGAGCAACGGUGCCAGGUGAAGUUCACCAUGUACGGGAUGCCGGUGAUGCAGGUGCUGCAGCGGUGCCAGGACAAGCGCGAGAAGCUGAAGCUGGCCAACAGCUGCAAGGUGCAGCCGGCGCCCGUCCUGCGCACGAAGGCAACGUCCGCCCGUCAGCAACUGUCGCCCGAGAUGGUGCUGGAGCUGAACCUGAUGUUGCGCGAUUUGCUGAUCGAAAAGCAGACAGAGGAGGAGGAGCCGGCCGAGAAGCAAUCCGAGACGGAUACGGACGACUCAAACCGUGGCAGUGAUGACGAUGGCAACAGCAGCACUAGCAGCAGCAACAGCAGCAGCGCCAGCAGCAACACUAGCAGCGACGAUGGCGGCGAAGUGGACCACAAGCGCGACGACGAACUGCUGGAGGAGGCCUUCGCGUCGGCCACCGCGGCAGUCACCACUAAAAACCGCAUCCAUUCCGUCAACGGACAUCCGACAUCCUCCUGAAGGGCGUCGUGGUUGAGAGAAGCAAGCGGCCAGUUUGCAGCAGAAUCAACCAGGAUUUGCGCAUAAGAUUUGGAAGAAUCGCAUGACGCAUCGUAUCAUCCUCGCGCGAAACCGAGUGCCUUUUUUGACCUUCGCCUUCCUUUCGAUUGUUUUUUUUAAGACGGCCUCCUUCCCUUCCUCUUGUUUCAUUCCCCCCCCCCCAUAGGGUUCCCAAUCGCAAUCCAAUUUGCAAUCCAAUCCCAGCAGCAGCUUCCCCAACACACAUAUUGCUAGUUUUAACAAUGGCGGUUGGGAGUAUUCAGCUUUGAUUAGUAUAAGCUCUGUUACCAGCAGUGUAGAACCUCUGGUAGUAAGGUUCCCUUUAUCGUUAGCAUCGUCGUAUGCCCUGUUAACUACGAACCCAAGUUACACAGUUACAUGCUCUAAGCCUAGGUCCCGCAGCGGCAGAACCAUCCACACAGGAGGACACAGAAAUCGUUAACAUACGCAUACACUGACCAAAUAAACUGUUGGCUUUUUCAUGUUCUCCGCCACGAGUACGCUCGUCGCCCCGGAGCAUUAUAGCGCAA